AUGGAGGCCGGCACGUCCGCCCGAUACCUCUCAUCCACGACGGCGAGGCGGUGGCGCGGGCCUGCCGCCGCCGCCGUUCCUGACCGGUGGCUAGGCGGCCGCAGCAGCAGAGGAUCCUCUUUUGGCUUCCGGGCGACAUGGAGGUUGCAGCCGCAACGCCGGCGGUUCCGGCCGGCUCGCUGCCAGAAGAUGUUUGUUCCAGGUUGUCUAUUCCUUCUUCUUGGUGCUUGCUCCCGAUGCUUUUUUGUUUCAUGUCCUCUUGAUUCCCUGUUUGGAAAAAGCCGUUGGGAUUGUCAAGAGUCUCUGUCAUUUUUCCUUUUGAGUCCCCCGAAGAUCUCUGAUCAACAAUACCGUUAUCUCGCUGAAGGUUUCAUCUCUCCUGAUUUGUAGGAUUCGGGGAGGCGUCGCCGGAAUCCAAGGCUGCCAAGAAUCUCCAGAAUUUCUUCACCUUCGUAGCCGUCAGGAUUGUCCUAGGCCAGCUUCAGGUCGUCUCCGACACCUCCGACACCUCUUCCUUAUUUUGAUUUCUCGAUAACUUGAUCUCGAGGGGCCAUUUACCUGUUUCCUUCGGGGUGGCCAGAGCUAUAACCCUGAAGCGUACGAGGAGCUGAACGAAUUCGUCAGCCGGAACACUCUGAACGAUGGGGACAAGUUCUGUGGGAGCUUGAUGCGUGAAUCUCCGAGACACCAAGCCCUAGGUUCUCCUCCCGCAGUCCUCCUGUUUCGAUUUUUUUCUGCCGCCUGCUUAAUCGAUGAGAUGAUAAAUUUCUCCACGCUGGCUCGCUCCCCGAUCACUAGAGCCAAUCUGUUUAAUUUCCUCCUCAUUUGAUUUCUCAUAACGAAGUGGAUUUCUCCAGCCCUACAAUCACAUUGACAUUUCGAUCGAUCGUUUGGCUUGGCAGCUUUGCGAAUCUUGGAGGUGCGUUGCUCGCCGUCUUCUCCGGAGCUUGGCCGAGGAGAGGGCGGCCUCCGCUCAUCAACACCUGUUUCCCUCAUUCUCUCCUUGGCCUACAUCUGAAGCUGUGAUCCAUGGCGUGCAAUGCAGGUCAGAUCUGCGUAUCAGAAGCAGGAUUUUGAGUGGGAGAAUCUGAAGAAGCUCGCCUUCAAGGUCCGCGAUCCCUCCUCGUCCCUUCCUUCUCCCCUUUCUCGUCUCGUCCAGUUCACCCUGGUGCACUAAGGCCUCGCGAUCGUUGCCUCGCAGAUGGUCGAUGAAUCCAACACCAGGUUGAUGAGGGACUACAUCCGGGAGACCACCCACAUCGACGACGAGACUUGA